AUGCCUUUCUCCAUGGCUAUCUCCAAGAAGAUGUCUACAUCUCUCAACCACCUGGUUGGUUUUCGCAUCAGUAAGGCUGACCCUUCUCUGUUUAUAUUUCAUACUGGCCCACACACCAUAUAUUUCUUAUUAUAUGUUGAUGACAUUGUGGUUACGGGUAGUCAUGAUCAGCUUCUACAGAGCUUCAUUGAUGCUUUGGGUCAUGGUUUUGAUAUCAAGGAUCCAGGUCCACUCCACUACUUUCUUGGUUUACAGGUCACUUCUCAUUCCCAUGGUAUUCACCUCAAUCAAGUCAAGUAUGCACAUGACAUCCUCACUAAGCAUGACCUGUUACUAAGCCAACCCGUGAGCACACCUUUGUCUGCAAAGUCUCUUCUCAGUGCUGAUGAUGGGAUUUUACUUGAUAACCCUACUGUGUUCCGCGAAAUGGUUGGCUUCUUGCAGUAUCUCACCAUUACUCACCCUGAUAUAGCCUUUGCAGGCAAUUCCGUGUCUCAAUUUAUGAGCGAGCCUCGUGUUCCUCAUCUUAUAGCUGCUAAACGUAUCCUCCGCUACGUCAAAGGCACAUUAGAUCAUGGUUUGUUUUUCAGCCCUCAGCGCCAACCUGUUCAUCUCUCUGCCUAUUUAGAUGCAGAUUGGGCUGACUAUCCGAACUCUCGUCGCUCUACCUCUGGCUACCUCAUCUAUCUUGGCAGCAACCUAAUCUCCUGGUGCUCCAAGAAGCAGCCCACAAUUGUUCGCUCAAGUGCGGAAUCUGAAUAUCGCUCCCUUGCUCAUGCAAGUGCUGAAUCCACCUGGUUAGCCUUCUUGCUAUACGAACUUGGUGCUCAUAUUCAGUUCCCUAUCUCACUUUAUUGUGACAACCUUAGUGCAACUUACAUGGCAUCUAACCCGAUUUUCCACCCCCGUACAAAACACAUUGAGUUGGAUUAUCAUUUUGUCAGGGAAAAGUUUAGAUUAUAG